AUGCUCUUCCGUAUGCAAUGCCUCUUGCUUGUACUUGCAGCAUGUGUCGCACUGUGUGCGGCCAAAAACCCCCUUGCCACCCAGGACCAGAAAGCGCUCGACGAGCUCUCGCUGGCACUAAGCAAGUCUCCAAAGCUUGACGAUGCGCGCAAGACGGCUCGGGACCAGUAUGUGCGGACUUUACGCAAGUACAAGGUCCUUUUUUCGAGCCAGACAUGGCAGGACUUGGAUACGACCAUGGAGGAGCUCGUGUUCAGCGCCGUGCAAAAGGCCGUGAACAACAAUCCUGCUGAUCCCAAAGUGUACUGGGUCGAUACAGCACAGCGUACACAUGACUGGUUUGACUUGCAGGUCAGGGGAGGGCGCUAUUCGUACGACAAUCCCGACUGCUUUUACCGCACAGUGCCGAUCAGCAGCCACUACACCUACAAACUUCACGGGCGCCAGAUUAACGGUGGCGUCUCUGAUUUUUCCUUCUCGCUGAUCAGCAACCCCAAUUCACAGAACACGGUGGGCGCAAUCUAUGGAAAGGAGAUGCAGAUCAACGACAACGGGACCUACACAAUCACGAUCAACCCCUCCCACUCGCCCGGUCCGAAUCAUUUGCGCAGCGACUUUCGCGCCAUGCAGAUUUUUGCGCGGCACAAUGUUGGCGAUUGGAGCAAGGAGACUCCGGACGAACUCCGUAUCGAGCUGGUAGAGAAGCCGGAGCACAGCAAACCGUUUACGAACAAUACCAUCUUGCGCGAUGCGAUCGAGAAUCUAAAGCAGUCUGCUUUUUUCUAUGGGUUUGGCGCACUUGAUUUCAAAACGUUUACCGUGCCGAAAAACCAGCUGCAUGCCCCGGAGCAGUCUCAGAUUCUUGGCACACUCACUUCGCAGGCUCAGUCGUUUGGCCAUUAUGACUUGCAGGACGACGAGGCGCUUGUGGCUACCAUCACCAAGGGCAAAGCAGACUACUUUGUUUUUCCCGUGUACACGGUCGGCAUGGUCACUGCUGCGCCAAGAGGGCACCAGGUGAGCUUGAACGAUGUGCAGGCAGAUCAGAACAACGACGGCUCCUACACGUUUGUCAUCUCAAACAAGGACUCUGGCGUUUAUAACUGGCUCGAUACCGUCGGGCGCAAUCAGGGCACCAUCAUGGUCCGCUGGCAGGGCCUUCCUACCGAUGGUAGUGGGAAGAAGGAUCUUCAUGCUACUGCGCGCGUCGUCAAGCUCGACAAGCUGCGCAGCACUCUGCCGCAGGAGACGCGCUUUGUCUCUAAGGACGAGCGCCAGCAGCUCUUGCAGGAGCGUGCGAAACAGUACGAUCGCUUGCACUUUCAGUGA